CGCCCGCGUGGACGCCUCGCUCUUUUGUGCCUUUGCUCCGCCGGGGGCUCGUUCCUUUGGUUCCCGUUAUAGCGGGAGGGACCCGCGGCUGCGGCGCCUGCCUUUAUCCCAAGGCCCUAGAACACCGCAGGGCCUUUUGACGGGGAAGAAAUGGAGGUAGUGACAGAUUUUAUUUUCAUGGGGACAACAGCGAAGAAAUUAAAAGAUGCUUGCUCCUGGGGCGGAAACCUAUGGCAAACCUAGACAGUGUACUAAAAAGCAGAGGCAUUACCCUGCCAACAAGAGUGCCUAUAGUCAAGGCAAUGGUUUUCCCAGUUGCAAUGUAUGGCUGUGAAAGUUGGACCAUAAGAAAGGCUGAGCGCCAAAGAAUCGAGGCCUUUGAACUCUGGUGCUGGAGAAGACUCCUGCGAGUCCCUUGGACUGCAAGGGGAAGAAACCAGUCAGUCCUAGAGGAGAUCAACCCUGACUGCUCUUUAGAAGGCCAGAUCCUGAAGAUGAAACUGAAAUACUUUGGCCACCUAAUGAGAAGGAAGAAGAAGAAGAGCCUAAUGCUGGGAACGAUGGAGGGCAAAAGAAGAGGACAGCAGAGAACGAGGUGGCUGGAUGGAGUCACUGAAGCAGUGGGCGUGAGCUUAAAUUUACCUUUUUAAGUCUGGUACCAUACAAGGGUAUGGUAGAGGAUAGGAAGGCCUGGAGGAACAUCCAUGAGGUCACAAUGGACAACAACAAAUGACCCUGUGGGCUGGGGUGAGAAGGCAGCGACUGGCCCAAAGUGCUGCCUCCAGUGGCUUUGGUGCCUAAGGCAGGACUAGAACUUGCAGCCUCCUAGUUUUUCUGGGUCAGCACCUGGAGGAGCCUGGCUUCUGCCUCUCUAUCACCCUUCAGCAACCAUGAAAUCAAUUGGUGGACUGUUUGCACACACCAUGCUCCCCGCCCCUUUCCCUUGCAGGCCUUCGUUUUGUGUUUCAACUCUGGGGUCCUAAGAUGCUUUUUAGCUAGAAGAUGUGGAAGGGGAGCCUGCCUGCAGCCCCACAUCCGCUGGAGGCCAGAAGUAUUUCCAUGCACUUGACAUCACAUUGGCUGUGAGACCCACUGUCUUGGGUCUUCCCGAAUGCUGAUUUGAGAAGUAUUUUCCUUGCCUGGUGCCAAGGUUCAAGAUGUCCUUGUAGAUCUCUAAACAGACUUAAAAGGGCAUGAUCCAUAUUCUGGAAGAAAUCUUGCUUCUCUCAACUGCACUGCAAGCAAGUAAUACGGACAUCAUAAAGGGUGAAAAACCGGGGAGAAGGUCAAUGAAAGCAUUUGGAACAGCUUUUGAAAAUCAUUGAUUCGUUGGACUUCAUCGGGAAAGACUUUUAGAAGCACAACAAAUUUGCUGAAAAAGCUAAUGGACUGAGAACAUUUAAAAGCAGGUAUGUUUCCAGCUGGGUAACUUCAGAUCAAAACGGGGAAAGGUGAGUCUUACAAAUUGUAAGAUCAAGUAUUCUGGUAACCUAAAUACCAGCCGAUGAUGAUGAACUCUUUUAAUUUUCUGACACCUCGUAUGAAAACUGCUUGCAGUUGGUGAUUUUAAGCACGAUCUGAGGCUUGGCAUUCAUAUAAUAGGGUAUUGGGUCUGAAUUGAUAUAGGGGGAAAGUGUUAUUUUAGAACAGUUCUAAAACACGGGCCUCCCAGUUGGGCAGGUCUUCAGUUUUAUACAAUGUCUAAAUUGUAAAUAUUCUGACUCCUGGAAUAUUUAUAGAGUUUUGUGAUUUUGUGAUUGCUGGCUUACAAAAUCAGUGGCAUUUGUUUUCUUUUUUAAGACAGUAAUUAAGACUUAAAGUCACUUCUAAAACAUAUUAAAUUCAACUGAAUGCAUUACUAAGAUGUUGGAAAAAGCUUAAAGGCAUUCUUUUUUUAAAGGAAGACUAUAUUUUCCAAAUACUGAGCCAUUGUUGAAUACCAGGACAGCAUUAACCUCCGUGUUGGGCAAGAAAGUUACGAAGAGCCAAAUAAUAAUGGUUAAAAGCUAUUCAGUUAAUUCCGUGUAUUGUUUUUGCAGGAAGGCUUAUGUCUUUCGACUGAACUACCUUUUCUCAGCAAAUGCAGCCAAGGACGUUUCUAUUUAGAGGUUUACGUGGUGACAGGUCUGACAUGAGGGCCGAAAGGGUCCCUCGACUGAACUACAGUGGAAGUUGACAGAAGCUGCUUUGUCUUGGAAGUUCUGAGUCAUGGAAAUGGUGACAAAGGAGAAGUGCAAAUUCUCUUAAUACUUUUUUCUCAAAUGGAGCCAAGGAUUGUUUCUGUUUAAAGGUUUAAGUGGAGGUAGGUCUGACACCAGGGUAGGCAGCCCUGGGCCUCCUGUGCUAUAGGUCUCCAAAGGCCUCCCCCACGCUCUGCUUAAUGACCCAGGUGUUCAUUUAACAUUUAGUUGGGGAGAGCAGAGAUGGAGGGGUUGUUAAGUGAUGCAGUAAGUAAUGUACACUGUAAGUUAAGUAAGUUGAAGACUCUUAUUUCAUCGUGCAGGACUGGCCUAAUAGUUUUUUAAUGGGUUUUUUUACUAGUUUUUAGUAUUUUCAGCCUAUUUAAAUUAAUCUUUUAAAUUUGUUUUUAAUUUUUAUAUUUGUUGUUCUUAGUUGGCUGUAAACCGCCCUGAGUCCUUCGGGAGAAGGGCGGUAUAGAAAUUGAAAUUAUAAAAUAAAAAUAAAAAAAAUAAAGUAAGUUAAGUAAUGUAGACUGGCGACCCCCAGGGGGAGAGCCUUCUCUGUGGGGGCUCCUGCCCUCUGGAAUGAGCUGCCUCCGAGGAUACGUCAACGUCCUGACCUCCGGACCUUCCGCCACGAGCUAAAGACUUUUUUAUUUCAUCGUGCAGGGCUGGCUUAAUGAAGUUUUUAUUGGGGUUUUAUUAUAGUCUUAUAUUCCUUCAGCCUUUAAGUGGUUUUUAAACGUUUUUUAACUUUUCUGAGUUGUGCUUUUACCCUGGCUGUAAACUGCCCUGAGUUUUUCGGGAGAAGGGCGGUAUAGAAAUUGAAAUUAUAAAAUAAAAAUAAAAAAAAUAAAGUAAGUUAAGUAAUGUAGACUGGCGACCCCCAGGGGGAGAGCCUUCUCUGUGGGGGCUCCUGCCCUCUGGAAUGAGCUGCCUCCGAGGAUACGUCAACGUCCUGACCUCCGGACCUUCCGCCACGAGCUAAAGACUUUUUUAUUUCAUCGUGCAGGGCUGGCUUAAUGAAGUUUUUAUUGGGGUUUUAUUAUAGUCUUAUAUUCCUUCAGCCUUUAAGUGGUUUUUAAACGUUUUUUAACUUUUCUGAGUUGUGCUUUUACCCUGGCUGUAAACUGCCCUGAGUUUUUCGGGAGAAGGGCGGUAUAUAAAUUAAAUUAAAUAAAUAAAUUAAAAUAAAUAAAUGCUGUUCACCUGCUGUGACAGGCAACCUCGGCGUGCAAGGCUCACUUGCAGUUGUAUCUCGAGAACUGCCUGCAUCAAUUGAGCAUUGUUUACUUUUGCGCAGCAGGCAGAAUCCCUGCCCUUUCCACUAAACUGCUCAAAUGCUGCAGUCAGGACAGAAGAGAGAGGGGCUAGAGCUACUACAAAAAUCCAAGACCGCCCCUUGGUGACAACUGAGUGUUGCUUGGGACAAAGGUGCCGAACAGUAGAUUGAAAUGAGGAAUCCAACGUUGGAAAUAAAUGGUACUUAGUCUGGCAGUGAUGAUUUUUUUUUUGAGUUACAAUGCAUCAAAACCUUGCAGAGUUUUGGUGAAUGCUGAAUAAUUGUGGCCAGCUUAAAAAGACUAUUUUUGAAGGCUUAAUUUUCAGUCAUUUUAUUUUCGCUGCCGUUGGUAUGAACACUGGUGGGUUGCUUCCGGUUCAUCCCGGCAGGAGGCUCCGCCCACCCACUUGGAUGCUUCUGCGCACGCGUGGAUAAAUGUGCGCAUCCACAAGCGAACUGGUAGCGAUGAGUUUUGAAACCCACCCCUGGGCAUGAACCAUUCCAACAUAGCUAAUCCUUUAAAAUGAAUAAUCACUGAAUUUUGGAAGUUCUUUUGUGCCAGUUGUUACCAUUUUCUUGUGAAAUACCUAUUGUACAUCAUUUAUAAACUCAAAUCUGUUGUGGUAGAUAAACUCUUAACUUCGAUUUUUUGAGAAUAAACAAAGCUUAACUAUUUAACCACCGUUAAAUAGUCCUCCUAUCUCUCCGACCAGUUGCAGACGGUGUUGACGGGGGCAGAGAUCGUCCGUGAGGCGCCUUGUGGGGUGCCUCAGGGGUCGAUCCUCUCGCCUCUCCUGUUCAACAUCUAUAUGAAGCCGCUGGACGAGGUCAUCAGUGGUUUCGGGGUGAGUUACCAUCUAUACGCUGAUGAUACUCAGCUGUACUUUUCCACCCCGGACCACCCCAACGAAGCUGUCGAAGUGCUGUCCCGGUGCUUGGAAGCCGUACGGGUCUGGAUGGGGAGAAACAGACUCAAGCUCAAUCCCUCCAAGACGGAGUGGCUGUGGAUGCCGGCAUCCCGGUACAGUCAGCUGCAACCGCGGCUGACUGUUGGGGGCGAGUUGUUGGCCCCAAUGGAAAGGGUGCGCAACUUGGGUGUCCUCCUGGAUGGGCGGCUGUCAUUUGAUGAUCAUGUGGCGGCCGUCUCCAGGAGGGCUUUUCACCAAGUACGCUUGGUUCGCCAGUUGCGCCCCUUCCUUGACCGGGAUGCCUUAUGCACGGUCACUCACGCUCUGGUCAUGUCUCGUUUGGAUUAUUGCAAUGCUCUCUACAUGGGGCUGCCCUUGAAGUGCACCCGGAGGCUACAGCUAGUCCAGAAUGCAGCUGCGCGAGUAGUAGUAGUUGCUCCUCUGCCUUCAAUUUUCCUAACAAAUAUACGCUCACUUGCAAAUAAGAUGGAUGAAAUACGCCUCUUAAACAAAUACUAUUCUGAUUUUCGCAAUUCAGCAGUCCUAUGCUUCUCUGAAACCUGGUUAAAUGAAUCAAUUGAAAAUAGCAGCCUGAACAUUCCAGGAUUUCAAAUUGAACGAUCAGACAGGAUUCCAGAAACAUCUGGUAAAAAGAAAGGAGGAGGCUUAUGCCUAUAUAUUAAUACAACCUGGUGUCAAGAUUUUAACAUAAUUUACAAAUUCUGUGACAACAAUUUAGAGACUCUAAUUAUCAACUGCAAACCUUACUAUUCGCCUCGUGAAUUUUCCUCAUUUCUUCUAAUUGCUGUUUAUGUCCCACCCACAAGCCUGUAUAAACAAGGCAUUACGAACUCUAGCUGACCAAAUCAUGGAGGCUGAAGCCAAACACCCUGAUUCACUGGCCAUUGUUUUGGGAGAUCUAAACAAGGCAAACUUAAGGAAAGAACUACCAAAAUACUUUCAGCAUGUCAAUUGUCCCACCAGAGGCAAGAAUACUCUAGACCACUGCUACACAACACUAAAAGAUGCCUAUCGGUCUUUACUAAGCUCAAACUGCCCAAGGAGCUGCUGAUCCAAUUCUACAGAGGAAUUAUUGAGUCUGUCAUUUGCACCUCUAUAACUGUCUGGUUCGGUUCUGCAACCCAACAAGAAAAACACAGACUUCAGAGGAUAAUUAGAACUGCAGAAAAAAUAAUUGCUACCAACUUGCCUUCCAUGGAGGACCUGUAUACUGCACGAACCAAGAAGAGGGCCGUGAAAAUAUUUGCAGAUCCCUCGCAUCCUGGACAUAAACUGUUUCAACUCCUACCCUCAAAACGACGCUAUAGAGCACUGCACACCAGAACAACUAGACACAAGAACAGUUUUUUCUCGAAGGCCGUCACUCUGCUAAACAAAUAAUUCCCUCAACACUGUCAGACUAUUUACUGAAUCUGCACUACUAUUAAUCGUUUCAUAGUUCCCAUCACCAAUCUCUUUCCACUUAUGACUGUAUGACUAUAACUUGUUGCUGGCAAUCCUUAUGAUUUACAUUGAUAUAUUGAUCAUCAAUUGUGUUGUAAAUGUUGUACCUUGAUGAAGGUAUCUUUUCUUUUAUGUACACUGAGAGCAUAUGCACCAAGACAAAUUCCUUGUGUGUCCAAUCACACUUGGCCAAUAAAAAUUCUAUUCUCCCAUGUAACACCGCUACUGCGCAGUCUGCACUGGCUCCCUGUGGUUUUUCGGGUGUGCUUUAAGAUUCUGGUUACCACCUUUAAAGCACUCCAUGGCUUAGGGCCCGGGUACUUACGGGACCGCCUGCUGUUACCUCAUGCCUCCCACCGACUCGUACGCUCACACAGAGAGGGUCUUCUCAGGGUGCCGUCUGCCAAACAAUGUCGGCUGGCGGCCCCCAGGGGUAGGGCCUUCUCUGUUGGAGCUCCUACGCUUUGGAACGAACUUCCCCCUGGCUUACGCCAAGUGCCUGAUCUUCGGACUUUUCGCCGUGAACUGAAAACGCAUCUAUUUAUUCAAGCGGGACUGGUUUAAAAGUUUUACUAAAUUUUAAUUGGGGUUAUUUAUUAAUUUUAGUGUUUUAAACUUUUUAAAUGUCGGCCACUUUUGUAAUAUGCUUUGUUUUAAAUUGUUUUAAUUGUGUAUAUUGUGGAUUUUAUUUUGGCUGUACACCGCCCUGAGUCCUUCCGGAGAAGGGCGGUAUAAAAAUCUAAUAAAAUAAAUAAAUAAUAAA